AGGAUUUCUGGGGAGAGCAAUAGAGACGCGGCCUGAGCUAGAAGGGCUGGAGCGGAGGCAAAUAAGGAGAUCGGUAGAGUGAGUGGCUAGAGAGGACGGAGGUAAGUGGCUGUAGAAAUCAGGCGGACCGGAACACAGACGCCUCGGGACCAUGACUUACGCUUAUCUCUUCAAGUACAUCAUCAUCGGAGACACAGGUGUGGGGAAGUCAUGUCUCCUCCUGCAGUUCACCGAUAAGCGGUUCCAGCCUGUGCACGACCUCACAAUAGGUGUGGAGUUUGGAGCCCGUAUGGUCAACAUUGACGGAAAACAAAUCAAACUGCAAAUCUGGGAUACGGCUGGGCAAGAGUCCUUCCGUUCUAUCACCCGUUCCUACUACAGGGGAGCAGCUGGAGCACUGCUGGUGUACGACAUCACAAGACGUGAAACCUUCAACCACCUGACCUCAUGGUUAGAGGAUGCCCGCCAGCACUCGAGCUCAAACAUGGUUAUAAUGCUGAUUGGAAAUAAGAGUGAUCUAGAAUCCCGAAGGGAUGUGAAAAGAGAGGAAGGAGAGGCCUUUGCUCGGGAGCAUGGCCUUAUAUUCAUGGAAACAUCAGCCAAGACAGCCUGCAAUGUUGAAGAGGCCUUCAUUAACACAGCCAAAGAAAUAUAUAGGAAGAUCCAGCAGGGCUUAUUUGAUGUCCAUAAUGAGGCUAAUGGCAUCAAGAUUGGGCCCCAACAGUCAAUUUCAACAUCAGCGGGACCAAAUUCAUCUCAGCGGAACUCUUGUGAUGUAGGGCCUGACUCUGGCUGCUGCUGAACAUCUGGCCUGAACUUUUUUUUUCCCCUCCUGGAACAGCUUCAGAUCAAUCAGCUUAAAGAAAGAGGUCUUACUUGCUUUGGCUGAGAGCAGCCUCUUUUCAAUGUGCGAUGCUUCACCCUUCACUUCAAACACCAGGAGAAAACCGGGCCCUUACUAACCUGUCCGCCAUUAGGGACAUGAAUAUUCCAUAUAGAUCAGGGCUCUGAAUUCUAAAAUGUUAGGAUCAAAGUUGAUUGUCACAGUAAUUAAAAAAUAAACAACUUACUAAGUAUCUACAUCUGUUUGUUAGGUGUGGUGGCACAUAACUAUAAUUCCAGCACUCAGGAUUUUUGGCAGGAGGAUCGCCAGGAGCUUAGAAGUCAGUCUGGGCUACAUAAGUAUUACCAUGCCAUCCAUGGCAUAUAGUAUGAUCCUGACUCAAAAAGCCAAAAAGUAGUAAGAGAGAAAGGAAAAAAAAUACAUACAUCUGUUCCUCACCUAAUUUUUAGUAGCUAGAGUGAAGGAUGUUCUGAUUGAACAUUUAGGACUAUGAAUCUGUAUAACUUAGGUGAUAUCCCUGUACAUAGUAAUUUCAUUGAAUUUAUUUCCUUGCCUUGGAAACCUGCUUGUCAUUUCAUAGGAGUUCCUAUAGAAGCUGGGCACCUCUGUACUGUCUCAUUCCUAGUUUCUUGUUAUUUAUUGUGUACAUAUAUACCCUUAAAUAUCAUUCCUCAGGAGCCCACCACCUUGGUUUUUGAGAGAGCAUCUCUCACAGGAACCUGGAGCUCCAUGAUUAGGUGAGGCUAGCUGGCCUUUCUCAUUGCCAGUUCCUGUUUUUUAACAGAACUUUGAGAGCAGCAGAGUUGGUAUUGGACCUGUAGCCACAUCAUUUAUCUAAGAAAAUGUUAAUUUUUCAUUUUGUGCAGGGGACCAAUUCUGGCAUUACAGUUUCUUUCACCAAAUUGAUCUCUACUGUUUCAUCAUAUUUUUGCCUCAUUCUUUGUUUUGACUUGUGAGUGAGUGUGUGUGUGUGUGUGUGUGUGUGUGUGUGUGUGUGUGUGUGUCUGUGUGUUUGGAAGGGUGUGCUAGAAAGCUAGACAUGACAUUUAGGUUCUUAAGCAUGCUAAGUAAGUGCUAUACCACUGAGUUAUACUUAUCUUUUACUUUUUGUUUUGAGGCAAGUUGCCUAGGCUAGCCUUGAACUUGCAGGCCUUAAAUUUGGAAUCCUGAUGCCUCAGAUUUCCAGGUAGCUAGGCAUACUUCUAACCAGAUCUAUUAGACUUUUGCUCUAAUCAAGCUAAUUGUCUCACUGAAUAUGACAUAUUUAUUCCAUCUUCUAUACCUUUGCACAUGCUCUACCCUCUAACAUUAUACUGGCUUUUUUUUUUUUUUUCCUUUUAGGAAAUCCUCAGUGUAAACCUAAGGAGUUCUAAGAAAUUACUAACACAGUAUCUCUUAGCAUUCCUAUCUUGGUUAUUCAUAUGUGUUAUUUAUCUGUAUGUGUUUUACUUUGUAAAUAUGUUUUGUAGGGCUUUUUCUGUGUGGGGUGGGUGGGUGUAUGUAUCAUAUAGGAUGUAAGCUCUAUGAGAGCAGGGUCCAUGUCAUUUCCAUUUCAUCACACUAUUCUUUACUGUACCCUGUACAACUCAUGAUCUUGAAUUUGAGUGACAUAAUUUAAAACUUAAGGCUUUAGACUUUAGAAGAAACAAAAGGCCUUAGAGUCAUGUCUUUGUAAUUGUUUCUCAGUUUCCCCCAUCUGCUUAUCCUGGUUCUCUAUUGCUCUUCUCUCCUGCUUCGCCGUAACUUACUGCCUCCAUUCUGUGCAGCAUACAGUAAGAAUGCCUGCUACCAAGACUCAAAUGAGUAGAUACUUCUUCACCCGAUCCUUAGAAUAUAUAAUACUAUUUUAGCCCAGUUUGCCUCUGCUUCACCCAUCACACCACUUUCUGGGACAGUUGCUGUCUUUUUUACUUGUCUCAUUUUCUUUCACAGCACUGAGGUCUCACCAAAUUUUCUAAAUUGUAUUGUUAAUGACUGUUUUACUAUUAAAUAUAUGCAUGAUCCAA